UUAUAAUCUCAAAACACAUAUAACACAUAUAUUUGCAUAAAAAUGGACGUAUGGUCAUGGAUAUGUGAGCUACCAUACUCGGAAGAUUGGCCAAUAAUCACCGAUUCCACAUCCGAACUCACCUUCAAUCUAGCGAGUUCAACCGAGUCACUUCAACUCAAAGCAAGAAGAAAGUUCACCUCCAACUCGGACCUAUUAGCCAUCACCUUAUAUGUUUCCUAUGAAGACAAAGCCUUAUGGGUUUCCGAUACUUGUCAAGUUAACUCAAAACAACCAUUCUUGCCUCUUGUCCUCCAAAUCAUCCAAGAAAUCGUUUCUCGUUCACCGAAUGCGCAUGACACCAUCAAUGCCUCAUGCCCACGUUCCCAACUCCAAAAACUCAAACCCGACUCGGUUUCAUGGAUUCUCGACUCUCACUCAACAGAAUCCUUUUCAACUUUUUUUAACCUUGUUUUUUUAGCUAGGUUGUUUUGGCUAUGUGCAUGUGACGCGCCAUCUGAAGUCGGGUCUAUUUAUUUCAACUCGAUUUUAGGCCCAAACCUUGAUGUUUUUUCGACUUCUCAAGCCCCCGUGUUACGGGCUUUCUUCGUUUCCGCUGGUAUCGACGUCGAACUUUGUCUCAUGAGAACAUUUGGAUACAUGAUAACAAAGUGUUUGAUGUUAAGAGAAGUUGGUGUAGGUUUACAGCUUCUAACACCUUCUUAUGACAACCUUGGGUUCUCGUAUGCAACCGAGACCCAUGGGUUGUGGGUUUUAAAAGGCUACGCGCCACUUAUGGCAAUGACGCGCUGUGGCCCGAAUCGAGUUAGCGAUGUGAAAUCUUUGUUUGAAGCUAAGGAGUCAGUGCUAAAAUAUGCAUUGGCCCAUCAACAAAUUGAGGUUGUGAUACAAUUAGAAUAUUCAAUUGAGUUCAAAGAUACAUUUAUUUUGGUUAAUGCACGUGUUGAUAAUAUACGGGUCCACGUGGCAAAACUAGGGUUUAAUAAGAAUGAGGAGAAUGUGUACAUGCAUGAGAGGCAUUUUCCUAGCCGGGUUCGGUUUUGGGUCGGGCCUGAAGCCGGGGCUAGUUAUGUAACCGGCCUGACUUUGGGCCGGUCCACAGAUAAUAUUGAAAAAGAGACUGAAACACAAAAGAUAUUGAAGGGUAGUUUUGGGGAUACAAAAGUUCCAAAAAUGAAGGCCAUGACAAAAACAACAACUAGGACAAAGGCUAGGGCAUGGAGAUGGGACCAAGAUUCGGAUGGACAUGUAGCGAUUUUCGACACGACAUUAUGUGACAACAUGACAGGUGUAGAGAUAUCGACGUGGCAACCACAUAUUGGCGACUUAGGUGGGGUCAAUGACCACGAGAGAGGGGAUCAAGUUGAACGAAGUUUUCAGAAACGAUACACGGGGGCAAAUCGGUCAUUUACCAAAUCCGGGAAUUGGGUAUUCGCGGAAGGGUUAGAAGGGAUAAAAUGGAGAUUAAACAAGGAAAUGGAAGGGAGUGUGUUGAAAUGGAGGAUUGGGGGCCAAGUGUGGGUGAGUUAUCUCCCAAAUGAGAUGAAGAGCUCAUAUUUUGAAACAAGGUGUGUGGAGUGGUGUGAUGAAGUUGAUUUACCUUUGAUCCCGGGGUCAUACUAAUUAAGUUAUAUAUGUCUAUAUAUAUGUUGAAGUGUAAGUCGAUCGUGUCGUUAUAUAGUUUUAUAUGGUUACAUGUAAAUGGUACAUAGUACUUGACUAAAUGCACUUAAAUGUUGUAAAGUGAAACCAUGGUUGAAUAAAUAAUGUUACGUAUAUGAAAUAUAUGAUCAACAUUGUUAUGUAGGAA